UCCUCCAGUAUCCUAAACCAGUUCCCAAGCCCUCGGGACCAGGGGGAGAGAGAGAGAGAGAGGAAGAGAGAGGGCGAGAGAGAGGGUGCGGAGGGAAGGCAGCCCCUUCACCUCUCCCAAAAGGCUCAGCCCUCCAAGCGCGCCCGGCUGCACUAUGCGGGCGCCUCGGACUCUCCUCCGCUUCUCUCGGCUCCUCCCGACCCAGUUGUCGCCGCUGCCGAACCCGGGACGAGCCCAGCUGGAGGAGAGGGAUCCUCACGUUGAAUAAAGGGAAAGUGAACUUGCGGGAAGAAGAGGAGGAGGAGGAGGAGGAGGAGGAGGAGGGGAAGGUGUGGGAGGAGGAAGGAGGAGGAGGAGGAGGAGGAGAGGGGGCCAAGCCGGGAAGGAACAGCUCUCUCUCUCUCUCUCUGAAGUUUGGGCUCCAGCUGCCCUCCCCUCCCCAAGAAGGCGAAGGAAGGGGAGAGGAAAAACCACUUCUUCUUCUUCUUCUUUUGGUGGUUGCCAAAAAGAGGGGGGCGGACGAGCGGAGCGCUUGCAACCACCAUGCAGCUGGUCUUCUGGGCGGUGGGAUUCAGCACGCUUUUCCUGCAGGAUUUCUUGGAAGCAGCCGGGAGGAAGCAGCAAGGACAAGUUCAACCACUGGAGACUCUGAGUGAGUACGAGAUCGUGACGCCCACCAGGGUGAACGAGUUUGGAGAACCCUUCCCUACCACAGACCACUUUCACAGGAAGAAGCGGAGCCUUCAUUGGGAUGUUGAGAGCCCGGAUGCUUCCUCCUCCUCCUCCUCCUCUUCUAGUACCACCCAAGCACACUACGAGCUCACAGCCUUUGGGCAGCACUUCUUUUUCAACCUUACAGCCCAUUCAGGAUUUAUCGCCCCUCUUUUCACUGUCAAUUUUCUUGGAGAACCUGAGGUUAACCAAACAGACUUUUACACUAAGGAGCAAAGCAACAUUAAGCACUGUUUUUAUAAAGGACAUGUCAACACGGAUCCCCAACACAUAGCAGUCAUCAGCCUCUGUUCUGGGAUGCUAGGCACAUUCAGAUCUCAUGCUGGAGAGUAUUUUGUAGAGCCCCUUAUAACACCAGGCCAGCAAGAAUAUGAAGAGGAGCACAAAAAGCCGCACGUUGUCUACCGACGCAGCUUACCCCCGACAUUAAUGCCAGAAGACAAGCAGACUUGUGACACUUCAGGACAUGCAAAUAAUCACAGGAAAUUUAAGAGAAGAAGCAAAACAGGACAGUGGCCUCCCAAUAACAUGUUGUCUGAUAUACAGUCAUUGAAACACAGCUUAGUCUCAGAACAGUUUCCUGCAACCAAUAAAAACAAGACGAGCAGCAUAAGAGGGAAGAAUACACGCCGAAGAAACAAACGCUUUCUCUCCUAUCCUCGAUAUGUGGAAGUAAUGGUAGUGGCAGAUAGCCGAAUGGUCGCUUAUCAUGGAGCAAACCUCGAGCACUACAUUUUGACAUUAAUGUCCAUAGUAGCAUCUAUAUAUAAAGAUCCAAGCAUUGGCAAUUUAAUUAACAUUGUUGUUGUGAAGUUAGCUGUCAUUCCUAAUGAACAGGAUGGUCCUUCCAUAUCUUACAAUGCUCAGACGACACUAAAAAACUUUUGCCAAUGGCAGCAAACCCAAAACCAUCUUAAUGAAGACAAUCCAGAGAAACAUGACACGGCUGUACUAGUAACAAGACAGGAUAUUUGUAGAGCUCACGACAAAUGCGAUACUUUAGGUCUGGCUGAAUUGGGCACAGUCUGUGAUCCAUACCGGAGCUGUUCAAUUAGUGAAGACAGUGGACUAAGUACUGCUUUUACGAUUGCACAUGAACUUGGCCAUGUAUUUAAUAUGCCGCAUGAUGACAACAAUAAGUGCAAAGAAGACGGAGGGAAAAACCAGCAACAUGUUAUGGCUCCUACCCUGAACUACAAUACCAACCCCUGGAUGUGGUCAAAAUGUAGCCGGAAAUACAUCACAGAAUUUUUAGAUACUGGUUAUGGAGAGUGUUUGCUUGAUGAACCUUCACCCAGGAGGUACCCUUUGCCUCAACAACUUCCAGGUCACAUAUAUGAUGUCAAUAAGCAGUGUGAGUUAAUAUUUGGCCCCGGAGCUAAGGUUUGCCCUUAUAUGCAGAAGCAGUGCAGAAGACUUUGGUGCAUCAAUGCGGAUGGAGCUCAUAAAGGAUGUCGCACUCAACACACGCCAUGGGCUGAUGGAACCGAAUGUGGCCAAGGAAAGCACUGCAGGUUUGGCCAUUGUGUUCCCAGAGAGCGGGAAGUACCUGUGAUAGAUGGAACAUGGGGUGCAUGGAGUCCCUUUGGAGCUUGCUCACGAACAUGUGGCGGGGGCAUUAAAAAUGCUGUUCGAGAAUGCAACAGACCAGAACCCAAAAAUGGUGGAAAAUAUUGCGUGGGACGAAGAAUGAAAUUUAAAUCCUGCAACAUAGAACCAUGCUCUAAGCAAAAGAAAGAUUUCCGUGAUGAACAGUGUGCAGUCUUUGAUGGGAAGCAUUUCAACAUUAACGGUCUACCUCCUAAUGUGCGCUGGGUUCCUAAAUAUAGUGGAAUUUUAAUGAAAGAUAGGUGCAAGCUCUUCUGCAGAGUGGCAGGAAAUACAGCCUAUUAUCAGCUCAGGGACAGGGUUAUUGAUGGCACCCCUUGUGGCCCAGACACAAAUGACAUCUGUGUACAAGGACUUUGUCGGCAAGCCGGAUGUGAUCAUGUGCUCGGUUCCAAAGCCAGAAGAGAUAAAUGUGGUGUGUGUGGUGGUGACAAUUCUUCAUGCAAAACUGUUGCAGGGACAUUCAAUACAGUGCACUAUGGUUAUAACACUGUGAUACGCAUACCAGCUGGUGCUACAAAUAUCGACGUACGCCAACAUAGUUACUCAGGGAAACCAGAAGAUGAUAAUUAUCUUGCAUUGUCAAGUAAUGAAGGCUUCAUAUUAAAUGGAGACUAUGUUGUCAGCAUGUUCAAGAAGGAAAUCAGAGUUGGAAAUGCUGUGAUAGAAUACAGUGGUUCAGACACACCAAUUGAACGAAUCAAUUCUACAUACCGUAUUGAUCAAGAAAUAGUUCUUCAGGUUUUAUCAGUGGGUAAUUUAUAUAACCCCGAUGUUCGAUACACAUUCAACAUCCCCAUUGAAGAUAAACCUCAACAGUUUUAUUGGAAUAUCUAUGGCCCUUGGCAAGCCUGCAGUAAGCUAUGCCAAGGAGAACGGAAAAGGAAGCCUAUUUGCACCCGAGAAUCUGACCAGCUCAUGGUGUCUGACCAAAGAUGUGACCGAAUUCCCCAGCCUGAUCCAGUGACUGAGUUGUGUAACACAAACUGUGAAUUAAGGUGGCACGUUGUCCGAAAGAGUGAAUGUACAGCGCAGUGUGGAUUGGGUUACCAAACCCUGGAGAUUUCCUGCACAAAAUACAGCAAGUUGGAAGGGAAAAUUGAGAAAUAUGAUGACCAAUACUGCAGUGGCAUUCCCAAACCAAGCUCUAGGGAGAAAUGUUCCACAGAAUGUAGCACAGGAGGAUGGCGCUAUUCUGCCUGGAUGGAAUGCUCUAAAAGCUGUGGCGGUGGCACAAGAAGACGCCGAGCUGUCUGCAUGAAUACCUUCAAUGACGUCCUGGAAGACAGUAAGUGCAGUCAACAGGAGAAAGUGACUGCGCAGCGAUGCAAUGAACUCUCAUGUCCACAGUGGAAAACAGGCGAUUGGUCAGAAUGCUUGGUAACCUGUGGGAAAGGGCACAAGCACCGGCAGAUCUGGUGUCAGUUUGGAGGAGAUCGGAUAAAUGACAGACUUUGCAAUUCUGAAACUAAGCCAGAUUCCAUGCAAACUUGCCAGCAGCAGGAAUGUGCAGCAUGGCAAGUGGGACCCUGGGGCCAGUGUACUGCAACAUGUGGGCAGGGCUAUCAGAUGAGGGCAGUGAAGUGUGUGGUUGGUGCCUAUGUGUCUGUGGUAGAUGACAAUGAAUGCAAUGCUGCCACCAAACCGACUGAUACGCAGGAUUGUGAAAUAGCACCAUGCCGUCUUCACCCAAACAACCCAGAAACAAAGCAAAGCAGCCACCGAACCCAGUGGAGAUUUGGAUCCUGGACUCCCUGCUCAACUACAUGUGGGAAAGGCACCCGGAUGAGAUAUGUCAGCUGUCGAGACGAUCAGGGCUCUGUAGCUGAUGAGGCUGCCUGCUUUCAACUUCCAAAGCCAUCGGCAACAGAAGCAUGCACAGUAACACCAUGUGGACAGUGGAAAGCUGCAGAAUGGACCUCAUGCUCUGUGACUUGUGGGCAAGGUAAAGUGACCCGGCAAGUGGUCUGCGUAGAUUACAGUGACCAGAUAGUUGAUCGGAGUGAAUGUGAUGUGGAAGAUAUUCCAGCAACAGAGCAAGAAUGUUCUAUGCCAUCAUGCCAACAAAUCAAUCCUGAUUACAACAGACCAAUCCAUCCCUUCCCUUACCCUGACUAUCGUCAAAAUAAUAAUCAAGGAGGAAACUUAAACCAAAACCAAGGUCGUGGGCAUGUGCAUGGAGGCAACCAGUGGAGAACUGGUCCAUGGGGAGCGUGUUCGAGUACAUGUGCUGGAGGAUUCCAGCGGCGGGUUGUAGUAUGCCAGGAUGAAAAUGGAUAUACUGCCAGUAAUUGUGAUGCGAGGACAAAACCAGAUGAGCAAAGAUCAUGUGAAUCAGGACCCUGUCCUCAGUGGGCCUAUGGCAGCUGGGGUGAGUGUACAAAACCAUGCGGCGGAGGAACCAGAACAAGACUGGUUGUGUGCCAGCAUCCCAAUGGAGAGAGAUUUACAGAUCUGAGCUGUGAAAUCCUUGACAAGCCACCAGACCGUGAGCAGUGCAAUAUGCAGGACUGCUCUCAAGAUGCUGCCUGGAAUUCUGGCCCUUGGAGCUCGUGUUCUGUCUCUUGUGGACGAGGGCAGAAGUACCGAGAUGUUUAUUGCAUGUCGAAAGAUGGGAAACAUUUAGAAAACAAUCUUUGUAAACAACUGGCUAAACCGAAUGUGCAAAGAAAGUGUAGAGGUGGCAGGUGCCCAAAAUGGAAGACAGGAGGCUGGGGACAGUGCUCAGUGUCCUGUGGGAGAGGAGUUCAGCAGAGAAGUGUCUUCUGCCACAUUGGUACUCACAAAACAACUAGAGAAACAGAAUGCAAUCAGUCCAGCAGACCAGCAUCUGAACAGGAAUGUCAAAUGGCUGAUUGUGCUACCUACAGUUGGGAAAUGGAGGAUUGGCAAGAUUGUAGCAAAACCUGUGGUGAAGGGUCCAGAUACCGUAAAGUGUUCUGUGCGGAUCAAAAUACACAAGAAGCUGACAGUCUUAAUUGUGAUCCAAACAAAAGGCCAACUGAAAUUGAAGCCUGCAAUUUACCGCCCUGUGAAUACAUUUGGAUUACUGGAGAUUGGUCAGAGUGCUCUGUGACAUGCGGCAAAGGCUACAAGCAAAGGCUGGUUUCCUGCAGUGAAAUUUAUACAGGAAAGGAUCAUUAUGAAUACGGUUAUCAGAACACCGUCAACUGUCCAGGCACACAACCACCCAAUGUGCAAUCAUGCUAUCUAGGCGAGUGCCCAGUUUUGGCAUCGUGGAGAGUUGGAAAUUGGGGAAGUUGUUCCGUGAGUUGUGGAAUUGGAGUAAUGCACCGGUCAGUUCAGUGCCUUACAAACAAUGACCAACCAAGCACUUUGUGUCUUGAAGAUCUAAAACCUGGAGAAAGGAGAAGAUGCCACAAUAUUCAUGACUGUGAAUUACCAAUGAGCUGCAAAGAAGUAAAACAGCUCAAAACCAUCAGUGAAGAUGGAGAAUAUUACCUUAAAGUUAAAGGAAGGCUCUUAAAGAUAUAUUGUGCUGGUAUGGAAUCUGACAGACCAAAAGAGUAUGUGACUCUGGUGAAGGGUGAGGCAGAGAAUUUCUCAGAAGUCUACAGCUACAGAUUACAUAACCCAACCGAGUGUCCAUACAAUGGAAGUAGAAGAGAAGAUUGCCAAUGUAGGAAAGAUUACACCGCAGCUGGCUUUACCACCUUCAGCAAAGUCAGGCUGGACCUGAAUGCUAUGCAAAUAAUAACAACUGAUUUACAAUUUGCACAGACACUUGAUGGACGACCUGUUCCUUUUGCCACUGCUGGGGAUUGCUACAGUGCAGCCAAGUGCCCACAGGGUCGCUUUAGCAUCAACCUCUCUGGAACUGAUCUAGCAGUACCACAAGCAUCAAAAUGGCUCUCCCAAGGAAACUACGCUGUUUCCGAAAUUAUAAAAUCACCAGAUGGUACCAAAGUUAUAGGGAAAUGUGGUGGUUACUGUGGAAAAUGUACUCCAUCAUCUGGAACUGGCCUCGAUGUCCAAGUGUUUUAGCAAUGGAGUUCUGAAUGCCGGGAGUUGAAGCAAGACGGAUGAAGGAUAAUGAAGCAAUACCUCUUGCCUUCCACUUUUGUACUUUUUCCUCUUUGUGUGCAUCUGAAUGUGUGUAUGGAUGCAUGCAUGUCUAUGCUUGUUUGCAUAUGUAUGUGUGUGUGCGCGCGCGUGCAUGUAUGGGAGUGUGUGAUGUAUAUUCUUAAAGUUGUAAAGUAUAAUAUUUAUGUCUGGAAUUAUUUAUUUUUGAUUUAAUAUUUUUGUACGUAAAAUGUUUAUAUUAAGGCUGCUUAUCCUGUGGUUUUUUUUAAUUUUAAUUUUUAAAUCUUGCAGUCAUACCACUGCAUUUUACGUACUCUACAUUAUAUGUAGCAUUAUGACAAAAGUGAUACUUUUAUUGUCACUAUACUCAAUUGUUUACCUUCAAUCAGUCAUUUUUCAUCAUUGUUACAGGCUGCACUGAUCUUUGUAAGGUGCUAAAUGGUUUGUGUUAGGUAUUUUUGGCAUUUUAGAACUUCUUUCUUGGGAGAAAGAGAACAUGAUGAUAUUUUUUUCAAAAAAAAUGUGUAAGUCCAUCGUGUUAUGCAGGGACUCAGUGAAAAUACAACAGGAUACCAUGGCUUUGUUGAUAGCUAUGGAUAUUUUUUGUAAUAGCAAACAACCUCUUUUGGCCAGUACCUUAAUAGCCACUGGCUUGGUGCUAACAUGAUAAUAUUUAUUAAUAUCCGUUAGGAUUUACAAACUAAAUUCUGUGGCACACUACAUAGUAAUGGAAGAUGAAUAAGUAAUUUGAGGUCAAUUGAGGUCACAUCCAAACAUUGGCCAAGAUUCUGCACUGAGCGACAGGGCAUAAAGUUUUGUUCAGACAGAAUAAUGCCCUGUCACCCUUCUCACCUUCCUCAGGACUCAUCUGUCUCUCUUCUCACCUUUCUCAGGACUCAUGUCAUCUUUUGAGGAUUCCUCCAAAGUCUAUAUCUUUGUUGUUUGAUUGUCCCUUAGAGAAUAUAGGUGCAUAACAAGUCCCUCCACCACUGCCCACUUCUCUCCGCUGGCUACUAUUCAGUCAUAGCACAGGGCCCCUGGAAAUAGUCAGUUUUGAGAAGAUAGAGGCCAUUGUAUGGAAGAGGUUUUGAGUUCUUCUUUCUGUGAUGACUAAAAGAAAAAUGCAUACAACAGUAGAGUACAUUACUAUCAGGAUGCCAGCCUUUGAAAAUAAGAUAGUGACUUUUAAACAGAGUUCAAGGGAAUCUUAGUGCUCUUUAGAAGUUCACAGAAAGUUCUUUCCUCAAAGAAAAGAUCAAGGAGCAGUAGCUGGGUUCUUUAGUCUUCAGAUUCCAUAGCUCCAACAUCAGCAGCCUAGAUAGCUAAGAGUAUGCUCCCAAAUUUUUUGUAAGACACUGGAAAUCUGUGGUUGCAGGCAAGAUGACGUGAAAACAGUUGUCUGAAAAUAGAAAAUUUUAAGGAAUAUGUACAGGCACUCCCCAAGUUACAAACAAGAUAGGUUCUUAGGCUUGUUCUUAAAUUGAAUUUGUAAGUUGGAACGGAUACAAAUGUUAAGUGUAAGUGUAUAUAUAUUAGCUUUGGAUAGCAUAGGGGUGAACAUCCCUGUGAUGUUUGUUUCGUUGUCAAUGCCCCUGUUCAGAAGAUUUCACCUCAUUUUUCGUCCCUGUGAUAAUUGGAUUUUGAAAAAAAAAUAACUUGUGGAAACAAGGAUUGGUGAUAAAGCUUCAGUGGAGACCCCUGUCCCCCAUAAUAACUCUUUCAGAAGAGAAUUUUCCUCCCUAGGAGUAGAUUUCCCUCACUUCCUAUUGAACUAUCAGUCAUUUGUAAGUCAUGUUUGCAACCCGGAGACUGCCUGUAGUUUGUGAGAAGAGAUUGUCAAUCAGUGUACAAUUUAGCUCCUUGCUCUGUUGUAACUGAAACUGGAUCAGAAAAAUGGACCUUGUGUUUAUUUAUUUAGGCUUAGGAAAUGAAUGUAUUUCCUAGGAAUUAUACCGAUUUCUUAGCACUCCUUCAUUUCAUGCAUAUUUGCAGCCAUGUGGGGGUAGCUGUCUCAGUCUGUUGCAAGAAAAAUUAGGAAUAAGGACUAACUAGUUUUACUCGGCAUAAGCUUUCAUGGACUUCAGCCCACAGAUGCAAAGAUCAUACUUUUUGAGUUCUCAUUCACCACCAAGCAUGAGGCAGGAGUCACAUGAUUUCUACUGUUCUUUCUGAAGACUCCAGGCCCCCUUGUGCCGUGUUUUUUUUCCUGGCUAUGAAUCAGAACUGGAAAUAUUAAUACCUCAAAAAAAGAAAGUAUACCAAGCAAAAUAAAAUUCCUCCUAAUGCAUUAAUUUAUUAUACAGAUGAUUAGAAAAAUAAACCAAUACCACACAAUCAGUUAUUGAAUUGUGUAUGACUGAUUCCCAAGAGGUAAGUACUACCAACACAUAUUCUGUGAUCAGGGCAGAGGAGAAAUCCACUUUGUUUGGGACAUACCAAAGUUCAAUAUCCACAAUCAUGUUUGGGGUGACUGUCAGCGACAGCAAAACUGCUGCCUGCAGUACCAGACUUGCAAAAACUUAACAAAUAUGGAUAAACUGUUCCAUUCUUCUGUUUCACAAUUUUCUUGUAGUGAUGUAUUAAUUAAAAAUGCCACAGUAGCAGCAAUUGAUCUAACUGAAAGUGCAAAGAUUUUACCUUACCCCUGCAACUUUUAAAACUCAUACAUUGGAGACAUAAAGAACUUCAUCCAUCUUGCCAAAGUAGACCUCAAUUGACAGCUGUUUACUGAUGAAGGACUUUGUGUCAUGUCAUAUUGCUACUACUGUUAACUGCCACCACCUUGACUUUGAAUUAUAACAACCCUAUGAACGAGAAAUGUCUGUGUUUCUCUAUCAUCAACAGCCCUGCUCAGAUCUUGCACACUCAAGGCAUCCCUGCUUCCUUGAUUGAGUUUGGAAUUCAGUCUUCCUCUUUUUCUCCCGCAUUCAUCCUUACCAAUCAUGGUUGCCUUUUCUAGUGAGUCAUGCCUUCUCUGAUGUGUCCUAAGUAUAACAGUGUCUGUUGAGUCAUCUUGGCCUCUAGGGAGAGUUCAGGCUUGAUUUGCUCUAGGGCCCAGUGAUGUGUCUUUUUAGCACUCCACAGUGUCUUUUUCACAUUUCAAAUGAGUUCAUUUUUUCCUGUCAGCAUUCUUCCCUGUCCAGGUUUUGAAACCAUAUGUUAAAAUUGGCAAUGCAAUGGACCAUCUCAACUCAAUGAUAUAUCUUGAUACUUGAGAAUCUUGUCUAGUUCCUUCAUAAGCUGCCCACCGAAAUGCAAGGUAGCUUCUCCAUUAUGAUUAAUGCCUGAGCCAAGAUAUAGAAAAUCUUGUGUCUUCAUCUUAAGUUUAUGUAAGUCACCCGUGGUCAUUAUUUUUAUUUUCUUAAAGAUCAACUGUAAAUCUUUGCAGUUUUUCCUUGUCUUGCUUCAGUUAUCAUUCCAAAUCUUCCCUUUCCUGUCCACUUUAGUCUGCUCAUCUGAAGUAUUGCAGUAUUCCAUUUGUUGUUUUACUAUAUCUAGUUUUCCUGAGUCAUGUUUUUCCCAUUCUGUGUUUCUAUAAUAUGUAUUCUUCAGCUACAGACUUUCCUUUCACCAUCAAUUGCCCUAAGUUGACAUCAAUUGUCUAAGUUAAACUACACCUUAUAAGCAAUAUGGUGCCAUCAGAAUUGUUAACUCUUUUCUCACUGUCCUUAGCAUUUUGAUAUGACUGACAGAGGAAAAUACAUUUAAGACUCUGAAGUCUUUGCACAAUCAGGGCACCAUGUUGCUCAAUUCUUGCAUUCCGUUUUGUGAUAAUGAGGCAGUUUACGAUUUUCUCUGGAUGCCUACAUGUCUAUUUCCAUCUGAAAAAAAUCAUUUGGCUCUCUUUAAAACUCUGAUGUGUAAACUGUUGUCCUUGAUGUCUGCAAAGGAAAGCUUAUGCCAAUUAAAACUUGUUCCUCUUUAGGAUUUGUUAGUCUUUAAGGUUCCACAAGCCUCUUGGCUGUUUCUGAUUUGAAACAGAUCUGCAAAGUAAUGACUUCAGAAAACAAAUUCUAAAAUAAAUGUUAGAGAAAAAUGCACACUUUUCGAUAUGUGUGCUGAUGUGGUCUAUCCAAUACAAUUUUCUGAAACAGCACCCCAAAUAACCAAAUAGAAUCCCUAGAUAUGAUUAUUCUUUCCAGAGUGACAUUUGUAUAUUUUAUACAUAGACAUACAUAAACACACAUACAUGGGCUCCCUGUAUCCAAUUUUGCUCUCAUGUUUUGUGUAUUUUUUCUACAUCAAAUUAGAGAUUACAUCCUUGGGGGUGAAAAAUUGCCAUUCCCUCUAUAUAGCUGGGGGUGUUUGGGAUGGGAAACGAUAGACAUUUUCCAUUUGCUGUAUUUAAAUUACUGAAAAUUUCAUUUCUAGUCUAAACACAACCAUCUGUUCAACAGGUUGUAUCUAGGGAUAACCAUAGUUGCUGGAUUUUGCUCCAGAAAUAAUUCAGAAGAGCCAGAAGGUUAAUCUUGAUUACUAGGAGUUCAGUUAUGUUGAGACUCUGUUUUACUGCCAAAUAUACAAGAACCAGAUGCUUCAUUGGCAUUGUAAGUUGUGGAUGGGCCUAUCUGGAGACCUCAUGCACCAACAUGGUUGGAAAUGAAUUAGAUCUCUAAUGUGACUCAUGAGAACAAUACCCUGGAAUGUGUGAAUCCACGUAGAUAGGAUAAAAUGGGCAACUUGUGUUAAAAAAGACAAGCUUUCUAAAUAUUGGAUUUCCUUCCAAUAUAAACUCAGUUAUCUGCAAGACAGGCGUUUUACCUUGGUUGGAUCAAGGCCAGCGUGUGACCUUCUGUAGACAAGUUUCACUAGAAACACAUAUGCACACACACACACAUACAACCUCAGCAUUCUGCAAACAGGCUUUGUUUUACAUUACAUUAUUAUAUUGGCCACUAUAUACCCUCAUUCAUUAUGUAUUGGUUCUGUACUGCUGUGGCUCAUCAGUGGCAUGCACAUUUUGCAUUCAUAAAGCCCUAGUAGAUCUUCUAGAUCGGAACAUAUCUGAAAUAAGCAAACUUCUACCAGUCAAAAUAGGCAAUAUUGGGCCAGCUAGAUGAUGAUCUUUAAGACCUUUUCGACGGUAUGUGCCAAUUUGGCCUUGGUCACCAACUGAGCUGGCCGGCUCCCGUCAGAUGACGGUGGCAUGGUUCCAUGGGUAAAGGAGGGCAGAACUUCCCAUGUUGCCGUUAGACACAAUGAGGGGAAGCCGUGCACGCCACACUUCCCCCCAUGUGAUCAUUCUCAGCUGAAGCCGAGUGAUGUGAAAUGUAGGGCACUGGAUUCCCCAUACCCUCCAACUAAACAGAGCGAUGCCCGUGGCCGUUUGACAAGGUCACGUAGUUGAAGUUCCGUUUAAGAUAAAUGUUCUCACCCAGUAGGAAAAAAAAUCAUGCUUUGAUUGUUUGGGGUAUAAUUUCUCCACUGAAAGGGAUCUCACCAUGAUCCUUCCAAGGUUCCUGGCAGUCUAAGUAGACAAUACUAGACUAAAUGGACCUAUACAAUAUAAGCAGUUUCAUAUGUUCACUGACAUUAUCUAAAAUCUCAUCAUCUAAAAGUUUUUGCUUUCUGCCAUCCAGAUGAAUUAGGCUACAUUUCAUUUAGCUGUACAUGUAUUGUUCUCUACAUAAAUUAUCUUAUCAUACAUCUCAAAAGAACUAAACAUCUAGAUAUCUGGGGCAGACUAAAUGUUCAUAUGAAGGUUGUGUACUUUCUUUACAAAAUGCCAAAAAUACCAUUUCAAGAUACAUUCUAUAGGAACCACAAGUAGUUUAAGGUAUAGCUUUUUUUAAAAAAAAAUUAAAAGUUAUUGCCACUCAUCCUUUUAAAAAAUGUGUAAGGAAAAGGGAAAAUUGCACUAUAAGCAUUAGGACAGAAACAGUGGUGCUUAAUUGAUGCUUAGAAAUUUGCAAUUUGCUUUUUGUUUUCAGUAAUGAAGUGAGUAAGUAUUUAUGCUAAGAAAUAUUGUUUUUUAAAAGACUGUACCUGCUUUUAUACCAAGUAGUAUCAUAAUGACUAUCAACAGGGCAAAAAAAGCCUUAAAAUUAUGAAAUGUAAAGAAAUGAUUGUUACAUACUAUUUUUAGUGUGACUGAUGGGUUGUCAUUGCUUUGCAAAAGGAGGACCAUGUCAAGUGCAUAUAUAAAUAUUGUACUCUUGUACCCAUGACAUUAUUUUUAUGAAACUCAAUAACUUUUGCAGGCACUUUGGAUAUUCUGCUUUCUUUUUUUCUUAAUUUCUUUUGGACCAUCAAAAAGAUUACAAGAUGUGUUUCUGUGGUCUUCCUUUGUUUACCACCAUAUGUCAUUGCCUAUGUGGUAUCCUAUGGCCAAAACACACUGUACACAUGGGUUUCAAUAAAGUUGUUUUUUUAAUAAAAAAAAA